CAGUACUCGAAGCAACGGAACGGAGCGGAGUUGUUUAUGACUCAGAGGCAUUCUCAUCACUUGGUAGAUCCAAGUCCAUGGCCUAUUUCGGGUUCACUCGGAGCUUUGGCAACCACAGUUGGAGGUGUUAUGUACAUGCACUCAUUCACGGGGGGUUCAACACUCCUCAGUUUGGGCUUGAUCUUCAUCCUAUAUACCAUGUUUGUACGGUGGCGCGAUGUGAUACGUGAAUCCACGUUGGAGGGACAUCACACCAAAGUCGUACAAUUCGGACUUCGAUAUGGUUUUAUUCCGUUCAUCGUAUCGGAGGUCAUGUCCCCCUUCGCUUUCUUCCGGGCUUUUUUCCAUUCCCCUUUGGCGCCUGCGGUAGAAAUUGGAGGUAUCUGGCCCCCAAAAGGGAUUGGGGUUUUGAAUCCCUGGGAAAUCCCUUCUCCUAAUACGCUUAUUCCCCUUUCAUCCGGAGCUGCCGUAACUUGGGCUCAUCAUGCUAUACUCGCGGGGAAGGAGCGACAAGCAGUUUACGCUUUAGUAGCCACCGUUUCACUGGCUCUAGUACUCACUGGGUUCCAGGGAAUGGAGUAUUCUCAAGCACCUUUCACUGUCUCGGAUGGUAUUCACGGUCCUACGUCCUUCUCAGCAACUGGGUUUCAUGGUUUUCAUGUGAUUAUAGGGACUCUUUUCCCAAUCAUAUGUGGUAUUCGCCAAUAUCCGGGUCAUUUGACCAAGGAGCAUCACGUUGGCUUUGAAGCAGCUGCAUGGUACUGGCAUUCCGUAGACGUGGUUCGGUCAUUCCCAUUUGUCUCUAUCCAUUGGUGGGGAGGUCUACGAAGGGACGCAUUAUAGAUAGGGGUGGAUUGGGAAAUGAGAGCUUAUUGGCGGGGAGGGGACGCAUUAUAGAUAGGGGUGGAUUGGGAUAUGAACUUUUUUUGAGAUCGGGGACAGAGAUAACCCAAGAUAGAAAAGGAAGCCUUUUGGUCGCCGCUUCCCUACUCCCUCUGAUGAUCAUAUCGGACGAAGUUUAUCUCACUUUGCUACCGGAUAUCUAUU